UUUGUGGUGCGGCGCUCCAGAAUGAUACAGACCAGAGGGGUCGGUGCUCAGCUAUGAGCUUCACAGACUUCACAUCAUUCGCUUAAGGUGAGUCCAAAUGUCGCUCCGCAUUUCUCACUGUUAGGAUGUGAAAUAUGGAUGUGUUGGACCAACUCGGACCUAUCACACGGUUGUAGACAUUAUCGAGUAGGACGACAGUUGGAGGGUGUAACCCAUGUACCACUAGCUACCAUUAGCACGAAUUUGGCUGCUCUACCUACUUGACUGACGCACGUCUUAUCUUUAUCCAUUUAACGGUUCGUUAUCUGUUACUGUCAAAUGAUGGUUGCACCGUUUAGCUGUCUAAUUAAGCCUUGAGACUGACAGGGUUUACUUUUAAGUCCCCUGGAGUUAGUUUCCGAUUUUGAGGAUUUGCUUUUCUUCUCGCUAGGAGAGGCUAAUGAUAUCAACGGACAUGGCAACUUUCUUGCAGAGCCCAGAGCUGGGACGGCCCCCUCUAUGGCUUUGGUGACUCAUACUCAGUUGUGAGUUUUAGAGGAUAUUUUUCUGGUCGCACGAGGUCAGCCUGAAGGACAUAUUCCUUUAACAGCGUUUCAGCUGAUUUCACCCAGGCUGUCAUCCUCCAGUCUGCUGCAUGUCUGUGCAGAACCUCACCAAUAAAAAGGAGAUAUAUAACUUUUAGGGAGCAGACAUCCCCAAAACUAUGCGUGCAAUGGGGGCAAAUUACAUAUGAUGAAACCCAGUCAGAUUCUAGUUCAGUGGGUCACAAUGACCAGAACAUUUCUUAAGAUCCAAAUGUCAGUGCUGAGAUUCUUGCCAAGUCUAUUUUGGGGAGAGCGUGCAGCCCUGCUGACCUGUUGGUGGGAAAGAGAGUAGAGUUGCAGGCUGAGGCCAGACCUCCACAGCAGAAUAUGUUCUGUUGUCGUCUGCUGAUAUGCAUUUUAUUUAGACAGUAAAAAAAAAAGAGCAGCCCUUGCCUGAGUAUCUAAAUCACAAUAGUAGUUUAACAACACCAUGGCAUGCCAACACUUGACAAAGUUUUACUACUGUCUCCUGGUAUGUGAAGGAAAUUCUAUAUGGUGUGUUACUCCUGCGGUGAAUACACACUCUGUACAUACCGUAUAACGAAUGGAUGAUAUUGGCUGAUUUGAAUUUGGUUCUCCCUUCAUUGGGUCACUAACAAAUAUUUUAAACUUCUAUGGCUGCAGUAGUUUGUCAUGUAAACUGUAUUUUUUUUUACUGACAGGGGUUUUGUUACUGUCUUGUACUGAUGGUAAUUUUGAUAUGGAAAGGUCAAAGUGAGUUAUAGUUAGGGAUGGGCGAUAAAAUGAUAUAUAUAAUUAAUUUCUCUCAAUAUCAAUAUAAAGCAUGGUCAAUAUCCUCUUCGAUAGUCGGCAUUCUGCCAUGUUUCUGUAGCCAAUGAAGAGGGGAGUGGCCACGGGUCCGCUUCAUGCUGAACCAAUCAUGUGCUGAAUUAGAACCAAGUAGCAAACUACUGCUUCGUAGCAGGCUGCAGCUACACGCAACUAUAGCACUUAAACAGGUGAAGCCGACGGCACUACAAACCACAAACAGAGCAAUGAGCUCAUGGCGCCUGUGCAGCCGAAACAGCCGACCAUUCAGUCCACUUUCUCUAGUGCAAGACACAAAGACCUCACAGAUGCAGUAGCUUAUUGUAUUGCAAAAGACAUGCUACUAAUAAGCACUGUUUAAUUUCAUCUUUUAUAUUGUGAUACAUAUCGAUAUCGACUGAAAUGAAAAAAAUAUAUCUGGAUAAACUUUUUCCCAUAUCACCCAGCCCUAGAUAUAGCACUGUUGAAUAACUAACAUACUGCUUUUGUUUUAACAAGUGACUGUAAUGAACAGUCACCUGCAGGGCCAGCUCACUCACAUCCGUAAAAGGCUGAGGCCAAAGGACUCAGUCAUCAAAACCUUUUAAAUACAGUUUUCAUUGCUGCCUGGUAUGUGUACUGACUUGCAUUUAACUAAACUGCUUUCUUUGGCUCAGGAAGAAAUAGAGUUGACUCCAGUGCAGUUAAUAAGCAACCUUUCUGAACCAUAACAUAUUGAACUGUACUGACCAUAGUCAAAGUAAGUCCACAGUCGCCUGCAGGGAUUGAACUUCUCAGCAGAAAGUGCAUUGAUAUUAGAAUAUUAUCCAAAGAUGAUCUGUUAGUAUGGUGGGGUGUUGUUUCUGGUUAUGAAGACAUCCCGUGUUUUUGUUUGUACAUUUAAGACACUAAUACUUUCAACCUGUUCCAGCUUUUUACCUCAUUACAUAAUGACCUAAUGUUUUCACAGUGUUAGCUUAAUGACGCUCAAAGAGAACACUCUCUUAUGUAAAGCAUCCUGUUAAUCUUGUUUAGCACAUCCAAGUGUCGCUGUCUCUUCUUUGCCUCUGAGCUCUGAACGCCUCGUCAGUGGAUUUGUAACCAUCAAGUGCUUUUUCUUUGUGUGUGGUUACAGAGCUUCUUGAGCCAUGCCUGUGACGUCCCAGCUGCUCAGGGGUUUGCCCCGUACCAAGGUAUUAGCCUCAAGUCUGUUACCAUGCCAACAACAUCAGUCCUGGCUAGGACCCAUAACUCACGGACCUGCAUCAAAACAGCCCUGUCAUGCGUGGCAGAGCCAGCACCAAUCAAGAAGUUACCAGACAGCCUCGGUACUCCGCAGCUACAUCCUCACACCCCCACAGGUCAACUCCAUCCUGAAAGCCAAUGAGUACAGCUUCAAGGUUUGUGAGAUUACACAAUUAAGAAGCACUCCCACCAUCUCUGAAUUUCAGUCUUUCAACAGUUAACUUUAUAUGUUGUGGCUGCAGGUGCCAGAGUUUGAUGGGAAGAAUGUUUCAUCAGUGAUGGGUUUUGAGAGCAACCAGCUGCCAGCAAACGCCCCUAUAGAGGACCGCCGGAGUGCAGCCACUUGCCUGCAGACACGAGGAAUGUUACUGGGUGUUUUUGAUGGCCAUGCUGGCUGUGCCUGUGCACAGGUAAAGCUUACUCUGUUAAGCAUAUGCUGCAUGACAUACUCUGACUUUAGGGGACAAAAUCAAGGUUAAAACUUCAUUGUAGAUGUUUUCAGAGUGUGUGAGUGACACACUGAUACUUAUCGUUGUCUGUAACUAGAUUUAGUUUAUUUAAAUGUAUAACAAAGACAUUACAAUGAACAAAACCAAUGGAAAGAAGGAGUGUGCCUUUAAUUAGUUUCUGAAUGAAAGCCUCAUGUUUUUUUUUCUUCUCUGCCAGGCACUAAGUGAGAGGCUGUUUUACUACAUAGCAGUGUCUCUGCUGCCACAUGACACACUGUGUGAGCUGGAGGCAGCAGUGGAGGCAGGCAGGGCAUUGAGUCCCAUCCUGCAGUGGCACAAACACCCAAACGACUACUUCAGCAGGGAGGCACAGACGCUUUAUUUCAACAGCCUCCGGACAUACUGGCAGGAGUUAAUAGAUCUUACCAGGUGAGGACUUCAAAACAGAACAGAGUUUACAGGAGAGGGUCCAGACUCCAGCUCUGGGGCAAACAUGUUGGCCUCUUCAGUAACUAGACAGACAUUUAGUGGUUGUUUCCAUUGAUUAAAUCACUUACAAAUGUGUGGGCUGGUGAUGUUUGUAUUCGUCCUAAUAAAAAGUGUAAAAAAAGUAGUAAAUUGUCAAACUGAACAAUUCUGUUUCAAAACGAUCAAAAUUUUAUUGCACUUUUUUGAUUUGUUCUUACUUUGCAAACUGGUCCUGAAACUGGUUCUGCAUUUAUCCUCAUUUGUAUCCUCUAAAAACACACCCACACCAACACUCGCCUGUCUGUUGUUUUGCCAAUAGUGGUGUUGUUGGUCUCCGCCCUCGCCCUUUGUCUUCAUCUCCGUCUGUUUUACACAUUUACACUCUGUCUCUCUUUCCAGCCCAGGUGAAGUUCCAGACACCCACGAGGCCUUGCUGAACGCCUUCAAGAGGCUGGACAGCGACAUUUCUCUGGAGGCUCAGGUGGGUUUAUUUCUCUGUCUUAAUGUAGGCUGGAUUUGUUGGUUCCUGUAAGAGCAUCUGGAGGUUACAAGGAGCUCAGAUCUUUUUCCGUUAACCCCUCCAGAUUUUCUAUCCAUGUGGCACAAUCAACCUCAUAUCAACCUCACUGUUCCAAUGUAAUGCUUUAAAGAUUUGCGUCAUAGACUAAAUCAGAUUGCAAGUCCUUUAAUUUGAUCUGAGUUCAGGAUGAGUGCUGUGUCACUCAUAGGUGAGCAUAUUGAAUAUCAUCUUUAAAAAAAAAUUAUGACUGUUCCCAAUUUAAACUUUUAUAGACUUAAGAGAAGCUCAGGUUUCACAGCUCUCCAUGUAAGUUGAACCAUGUUGCGUAACCAGUCUGGCUCACUGUGUUCUUUUGCGGUGCAGGUUGGAGACCCAAAUGCCUUCUUGCACUACUGGGUUCUGAGAGUGGCCUUUUCUGGAGCAACAGCCUGCGUGGCCCACAUUGACGGGCAAGACCUGUACGGCAAAUAAAAACACAUCCACACAGUCCUGUUUCAUGAGUGAAUCGACCUCGAUAAAACGUUUCUUAUUGUUCCUGAAGGUACAUAGCCAACGCAGGAGAUGCUCGAGCAGUGUUGGGGGUCCAGGAGGAGGAUGGGUCAUUCAGCGCUCACACACUCUCCAAUGAUCACAGCGCUCAGAAUGAUGACGAGAUGGCUCGGAUACGCGGAGAACACCCUCCAUCAGAAAGGAAGACAGUUAUCCGACAGGUACCAGACCUACUAAUGAGCUCAACUUCUUUUUUCUUUUUUUUAUGGCGUUUACUAACAUCUCUUCCUUCUUGCUGGUGUUUUCUUUAAGGACCGGUUGCUUGGCCUCCUCAUGCCAUUCCGUGCGUUUGGGGAUGUGAAAUUUAAGUGGAGUAUUGAGCUGCAGAAGCGGGUGUUGGAGUCCGGACCUGAUCAGCUUCAUGAGAACGAGCACACCAAGUUUAUCCCUCCAAAUUACCACACGCCGCCCUACCUGACCGCAGAGCCUGAGAUCACGUACCACAAACUACGGCCGCAGGAUCGCUUCCUGGUAAAAGAGACGACACACAGACCGCCAUCAUUUAAAGAGGAAAUGUGCAGUUGGAUAUGUAGUGUUUGUUUUUGAAUUAGUGUAUUUUAAAGGUGUAGAGUCAAAGAGACAGUUUAUUCGGGUCAGUUGUUUACUUAUCGAGCUGUGUGGGUCUUGUUUUUAUCUGUUAUAGUCUCAAAGCUGGCCAGUUACGUAGGAAGAGGAUUCAUUUCUGAUCCUCAGGGCUGUUUCUGUAUUUGUCUCGUUGGUUUUGGUUUGACAGUUGUAUGACCUGUGGGUAAAGGUCGUGUUUGUAAAUAGGAACAGUUUACAUAAUCAGUGUCCACUGGCAGUAUUUUCCCAAGCCUCAUGCUCUGAUUUGUCUUCAAGCAGAAUAACUUCAGAUUGUUUUUGAUUUGCUAUUUUUUUUUUUUAAACUCUCCUUUAUCUGUUUCUGUCUCUGCAGGUGAUUGGCUCAGACGGCCUCUGGGAGACCCUCCACAGACAGGAAGUGGUCCGUAUCGUUGGGGAGUACUUGACAGGGGUGCAUCAGCGACAGCCCCUCAAAGUUGGAGGCUACAGGGUUACCCUUGGACAGAUGCAGGGGCUGCUUGAAGAAAGAAAGGCUCGCGUGUCUUCAGCUUUUGAGGACCAGAACUCAGCGACCCACCUGAUGCGCCACGCCGUGGGAAACAACGAGUUCGGCACGGUUGACCACGAGAGGCUUUCAAAGAUGCUGUCGCUGCCCGAGGAGCUGGCUCGAAUGUACCGGGAUGACAUCACCAUCAUCAUCUCGCAGUUUAACCCUCACGUGAUUGGAGCACAGAGACCUGAGGGGCAGUCCUGAUAAAAACAACUACUUCUUCUGGUGUAACCCUCAGGUGUCCACACACAAACACACGUGUCUGUGUUUUAUAAAUGUACAAACAAGCACACUCUGUGGACAAACAGGCCAUAAAAAGAAACUAUCUGUCCAGAAAUCUGACUGAUCUGUUUUAACUCUAUUUAUGGAAGCAGUUUGUAUGUUUCUUUGCAGUCCUAGCAAGUUACAUUUUUGGUUUAACGCCACAAUAUUUAUGCUGCGGAUUUUCUCUGGUUACUGUUUUAUAUCCACUUCUCUGCAUGGCCAUUAAAACGCUAUCACAAACUGACUUGGUGCCAAAAGACUCAACCUGUCUCGUCGGCUGAAAGACUCAGCGAGGUUGAAGUUAUAGAAAUUCCAAAGAGGGUGAAGGAUGGCCUUUACAAGAAAAGACUUCUCUGUGCACGCAGCACCUACUCUACGCCUUUUAUAUAGUUUCUAACUGUACAGUCCUUUUAUGGCACCGCGCUCUCUGUCAUUGCCACCUGGUUUUUUUGUUACUCUGUCUCUGAGGCCGAUGUCACAACAGACAGCUUGUUUUGAACUUGUUUGUGUCUUUGUAUGAGAUCGUCUUAUGACUGUUCAAACACACAUUUUGUUCUGUAUUUACUCUGCAGCCUGUCAAUGUUUGGAUGAUGAUGUUUACUCCAGUAUCAGCUUAAAAAGCUAACCUCAAGCUUAAAAAGUGCACGAGAUGUUGAGAUGUAGAUGGCACCUUUACUCCAGUGCAGUGGUUCUCAAGUCCAGUACUCGAGUCCCCCCUGUCCUGCAUGUUUUGGAUGUUUCUCUGCUCCAACACACCUGAUUCAAAUGAUCAGCUCGUUAUCAAGCCAUUACAGAGCUUGAUAACGAGCUGAUCAUUUGAAUCAGGUGUGUUAGAGCAGGGAAACAUCCGAAACAUGCAGGACAGGGGGGACUCGAGGACUGGACUUGAGAACCACUGCUCCAGUAUAUUUUCUUGACUCUUCCCUGAGUUAAAGUGAUGUUGAAGAAGUUCGGAGGAAUCAUUCAUUGCAUUAGGAGAGUAUUUACUUUAUCUUGUUUAAAUCAGCAGUUCCCUUCAUAUGAAAUUAUUUAAUAAUUUCUAAGUGUAAGAAAGCAAAAAAAGGAAACCACUGAACUCGUAAAGUCUUCAUUUAUAAUCAGAAAUGCUAAAGGACAGGGCAAAUAAAACAAAAUAAUCCAAAUAUUUACAGGCUGGACCUCCAAACUAAUAUGCCAUUAUUUUAAGACCUGCACUGUAUACAGCUACAGGUACACUGAUAUUUACCUGUUUUUUUUGUAUGUUUGUUUUUUUUCUGAGACACUUACUCUCUUUUAUAGUUCUUAGCCACUGUGGGUUAUUUAUCAGCCUUUUAUUGGCCUCACUGACUCUGAUCAAUCACAACAGUCAUCACGGUGGAAGUUUUGUUCUUAUCCCAGCUUUGAGGUUAAAGGCACACGUGCUACAAGACUCACUCGCCUUAUGCCUUCAUUUUUCGGACAGGUCAUUAGCCUUGUUGGUUACAUAUCUUGUUAUUCCCUCCUGUUGACACACUAAUGACAGGGGUCGUGUCUGCGGCGUAGAAAAGCCCCGAUGAAGAAGCAGAAUGUAAAUUUGAAAGAAGCUGUUCAAAGAGAAAAGAUUAUUUAUUUAGCUUUGGCAGUAUGUUACACAUCUUUAUCUACAGUUGUAUAAAUUGUAUCUUAUUGAGUUUUGUAUAUGGAAUGGUUUAAUAAAACACUCAACACACA